AGUUAUAAGGAUUUGUUUCUGUUAAUUUCGAAUUAAAUUCCGUGAAGCCGAAAGGUAAAAACUGUAGACUCGGGCACGGAUACCGAGUUCUUUACCUAAUUAAUAAUAAUUAAAAAAAAGAUUAGUGGACUAAUUCAAGUUGCGACUGCACACCCACGCCGUGUUAUAUUACAAGUUUACAUGCGAGGUUGUUAAGGGACACACACAAAAAAACGGCAUAAAACGAAUUCAAACCACCAAAUUAAAAUAAUAUUCUGUGUGUUAAAAAAACGGAAAUGGAUUUCAGCGUGUCCGUGUCGUGCUUUCACGACGAGCUCGCCUCUACUGUCGAGCGCGCACUCAAGGCGGCCGUGGACACCGUCUUGUGGGAAAUCACUAAAACCGUGGGGGGCAGGUUUGCCGAAAAAGAGAAAGAGAACGAAAAGCUGAAGCUGAGGCUGGAAAUGUCGGAGCGGGAGCUGAGAGCCGUGAGGGAGUGCAUGAAGACCUUGCAAGACGUGAUCGCGCAGUCCAGCGCCGGGGCGAGCAACGACAGACCUCCGCAGGACUGCCAGCUUCACACCCCCAACGACAGCCUCGCUUUCCGGUUACCGGGCACCGAAAAAGGGUUUGUAACCGAGGAGGACCGGGCGAGCGCUCAGAUCACCCCCAAAUCCAGGCAGCGGGAUUGUAAUCCGAGCACGGCUCGGUCCGGACCGGCGAACCGGGACGAUGUUAACCCGAGAUUCUUACCGGUGGAGGCGUUUGAGCACAUCGAGGAUGCCUGGGCACCGGAAUGGGGAGAGGGAGUUAACGGUGCAGAACAGAAGCCGCUGUAUCCCGAGAAGGACAAGGAGGACGUCUCGGAAGGGGGAGGGGCCUGCGUGAAAGAGGAGGAGCCGGAAUCUCUCGACGGGAGCUACCAGGAGCAGGAGCUGUUUGUCUGCUCUGACUGCGGGAAGCCCUUCAGGGCCCUGAGCUCCUUGAAGAAGCACCUCCUGAUUCACUCGGGGGAGAAAGCUCACCGCUGCGCUCAGUGCGGGAAGACCUUCCGCCUGGCGGAGACCCUCAAGAAGCACGUCCGCACGCACACGGGAGAGAAGCCCUACCCCUGCCUGCACUGCGGGAAGAGCUUCGGGCUGGUGGGCACGCUGCGAGACCACCAGCGCAUUCACACGGGAGAGAAGCCCUACAGCUGCGCGCACUGCGGGAAGAGCUUCGGCCGGCUGGGCUCUCUGAAGAACCACCAGCGCAUUCACACGGGAGAGAAGCCGUACGCCUGCACGGACUGCGACAGGAGCUUCAAGUACUUAUCCAGCCUGAGGCACCACCAGCAGCUGCACCUGGCCGCAGCAACGCUGCACUACUCCCAGGAGAGCGGCGCUGGCUGUGAGUCCGAUCCUCCGCAGCUCUCGGAUCCCGGGAGACUUCACGCCAUGAAAGAGGAGGACCUGGAGGACGCGGCCGCCAGCAUCUCUGAAAUCGGGCUGGUGCAGAUCGUGGAUGGAGAAGAGGAGGCUCGGCAGCUGGAGUGGGUCGCUGAGGAGGAGGAAGAGGGUUACCGCUUCCAGGACGGUCCCUCUCUCCGGGACGGGGGUGGGCCGGGAGGGGCUGGGGGGCAUCGCUGCGUCGACUGCGGGAAGCACUUGAGCUCGGCCCGCACUCUCCGGAGCCACCGGCAGAUCCACACGGGCGAGAAGCCUCACGCCUGUCCGACGUGCGGGAAAACCUUCCGUCGCUCCGACAAGCUCCGGCAGCACCAGCGGGUCCACUCCGGAGAGAAGCCGUACCGCUGCCCGACCUGCGGGCGCCGCUUCUCCCAGUCCAACGGCUUGAAGAUACACCAGAGCACGCACCCGGGGCCCUACCCCUGCCCAGCCUGCGGGGAGCACUUCGACCGCUGGGAGGACUUUAAAACCCACAGCCAUGGCGGGGGCAGAGGCAGCGGGAUCGGAGCACAGCGGCACGCCUGCGGGGACUGUGGGAAGAGCUUCCGGCAAGCCCGCGACCUGCAGGCCCAUCGGACCCUCCACACCGGAGCCAGCCCCCACCGCUGCCCUGAGUGCGGGAAGUGCUUCGGACAGGCCAGGACUCUGGCGGUCCACCAGCGCAUUCACACGGGGGAGAAGCCCUACCGCUGCACGCUCUGCGGGAAGAGCUUCAGGCAUCUGAGCGGACACCUGCAGCACCUGAGGACCCACAGGACCCCCGAAGCUGUGUAGGCAUCUGAGCAGACACCUGCUCACCUCAGGACCCACAAGAUCCCUGAAGCUGUUUAGGCAUCUGAUGACCCACAAGACCCCUGAAUCUGUUUAGGCAUCUGAGCGGACACCUGCAGCAGCUGAGGACCCACAAGACUGCCGAAGCUGUUUAGGCAUCUAAGCGGACACCUGCAG